UGGGGCGAGUGGGGGACCGUUUAUCAGCGUAACUGGGACAUGAAUGAUGCCGCGGUGGUGUGUAGACAGCUGGGCUGUGGCUCUGCUGUAUCUGUACCAGGUGCAGCUCACUUUGGAGAAGGUUCUGGGCGGAUGGUUCUAGGGGAUGUUUCCUGCAGUGGGUCAGAGUCUGCGCUGAGGGAGUGUGGAUCACUGGAUGGCAGAGAGCAUGACUUACCGCACACACUGGAUGCUGCUGUCAUCUGCUCAGACCAUGUGAGGCUUGUGGGUGGAGCUGAUCGCUGCUCUGGGAGGCUGGAGGUGAAGUUCAGUCAGUCCUGGGCUACAGUGUGUGAUGGUAACUUUGACUGGCAGGAUGCUGAGGUUGUCUGUAGGGAGCUUGACUGUGGGGCUCCUUCAGCUCUACACAAGGGGGCCCAUUUUGGUGAAGGAGAAGGUCCCAUCUG